AAGAUAUCGAUGAAGUUGUAGUUGCUAGGAAGAAUCAACUCUAUAUUAAUGUUGAUGAUACAGAAUCUGGAGAGCUUGCUGAGGAUCUAUUAUCCAUCAUUACUAUCUUCAUGAAGAAAGAGAAAAUAGAUAGGAACUAUAAGGUGGACCUACAACAAAGUUCUUGA